UCGCUUUGUAAACACGGCGACGCCUAAAGACCUUUGACCUGCUGAACUCACACGAGUUCACACAUCAGUCCGUCCCGUACUCGCUGACGGCAUGUUAGCAGCUCCGCUCUAGGAUCUGAAGUUUGUGGACACAAGCGUCUCUUUCAGGAAGUUAUGAGAGGAGACAUGAAGCCUCGACUACACACGUUCACCCGGACCGUCCUGCUUCUGCAAGUCUGCUGGCUCUGGAGCGGCCAGUGUUUGUCCGUCCACUUCUCCAGCCAGCAGUCGGUGUAUGUAGUCAAAGGCCAGGAUUUGAUCCUACAGGCACAAAUCGAGCUUCUGGAGGGGGAACGCGUUUCUGAAGUCACAUGGGAACGCAGCGCAAAGACUUCUGGGAAGAGUUCAACAGUGGCUGAGUUUCCUGGUAGAGGUCCCUCUGAUGGGAGAGUGACUGUUGAGCAACAGGGAUCCGCACUGAAGAUCAGGGCUUAUCAAGCGUCGGACGGUGGCGUUUAUACGGUCACAGUAACAGACCAAUCAGGACAGAGACGUUCUGCUCAGCGAAGCGUUCAGGAGUAUCUGCCGGUGUAUCACGUGUCGGUGAUGGUGAAUGUGUCUCACGCCGUUCUUCACUGUAUGGAGGCCUGGGGAACGGAUCCCUCCUUCACGUGGCUGUAUGAGCGAGUGCUGGUGACGGGGGCAGUGGGCCGUGUUUCGGCAGAUGGAGCGUCUCUGUUCGUCUCGGGGACCUUCUGCGGACACUUCACCUGCGUGGUGAGCAACAAACUGGGACACAGUUCGGCCACAUACGCCGCAGAGCCGUGUGAAAGCACCGACAGUAGCACGAGCGCUGUGGUUGUGUUUCUGCUGCUUUUCCUGGCGCUCGGAGCCGCAUCUCUGGCCUUUCUGCUGUGGAGGAGACACCGGCACGGACACAACAGAAGAGAGAGACUGAGAGAGCCGUACGACGUGGAUCUGUGAGACUCGUACAAACACUGACCAAAGCUGAUGGACUGACUGUCACUUGAAGCUUUCACAAUACCUUUUUAUACUCUAUUGGUCCAUGCUUUGCAGACGCUUUUGUAUAAAUUUAGGGUGCUUUCACAUCUGUAGUUCGGUUCAUUUGGUCCGGACCGGGGCCGAAGAAUGAUACUUUAUAGCAUUUUCAGGGGUUUUGGAUCAUUUCACGCCACACUGAAUGCCCUGGUCCGAAUCAGUUGAUGAAACAUCAAGCGUUCACGUAAAAACUACAUUCAGAUUCACCAGUCGGAAUGAAUUCAGUUAGAUUGAAACAAAAGCUGUGCUUGUAAACAAUGAAUGGC